CUCCGGUAUUGAGGGAUGGGGGCGGGGGCUGUAGGCCCCGGAGGGUCUUCAAUACGGGGAGCCCGCUGAGGGGCCGAAACGGCGACCACCCGGACCUUCCCCACCAAGGGCAGGACCAGCCCAGCGCUGAUGACGGUGCAUAAUUUGUACAUAUUUGACCGCAAUGGAAUCUGCCUGCACUACAGUGAGUGGAACCGGAAGAAGCAAGCUGGCAUCUCUAAAGACGAGGAGUUCAAGCUGAUGUAUGGCAUGCUCUUCUCCAUCCGCUCCUUCGUUAGCAAGAUGAGCCCUGUGGACAUGAAAGACGGCUUCCUCGCCUUCCAGACCAGCAAGUACAAGCUUCACUACUAUGAGACACCUACGGGACUCAAGGUGGUGAUGAACACAGACUUAGGGGUGGGCAACAUCCGAGAUAUCCUGCAUCAGAUCUACAGCUAUAUCUACGUGGAGUAUGUGGUCAAAAACCCUCUGUGCAGCUUGAACGAGAACAUCCAGAGCGAGCUCUUUCGGAGCAAGCUGGACAGCUUCAUCCGUGGGCUGCCCUUCUUCUCAGCUCGGGCAGGCUAAGUGGUGCGGGUGGGUGCUUGCCUUUUCCCGUUCCGUUGCUGUAAAUACUACAGUUCCCACGAUGCACGUGGAGUAGUGUCUGGCAGCGAGCUUGGCACUUUCUUCUGGGUGUGCCAUCGUCAGAACAACAGUCAUUCCCUGCACCUCAACCAUAACGGACUUGUGGCCCAAACCAGAACUCUGAGCUUGGAUACCUUUUGGACAGUGGCUUUCUCCACAGUGCUUUCCUCCGUUCCCUCCACCGCCCCUUGACCCACGGCUCCACCUUUUGUCCCAUUGCGUAUUCCCCUUUGGUUGGGACCCCAAGAGCCCCUCUUCCUUCCCCUCCUGACCAUGGCACACAGUCCUUUGCCAGCCCAGGCCUCUUCCUUUCUAUUUAUAGAGCUUUGCCUCAUCCCUUUCUUCCCCCUCUGCCCCCCAAACUCCUAUUUAUAGCCAGUCUCUUCUCUUGCCUUUCCAGUCCAGUGCUCUCCCAGCCUGGGCAUGACAUCAAGUGCCCCGGGGCUAGGGGGGGUGCUGCUUGGACGCAGCGGAAGAUGCAGCGGCACGUCCUUCCCAAGCGCAUCUCGCGAAAAGACGGGCCAGCAAUCCAGCUUCACGUUUCCGCCACCAGGAAAGGUCGGCGAGCAUCACAGGUCGAGAAGAGAGCUGUACGUUUCUUUUUUGCUGGAUCCACCUUUCGUGAAUUAAACAAAAUGAGAUCAGAAGUUGCUUUGAUCACCCUCGGCCCUCCCUAGGACUCUCUGGGCGUUGCUGGUUAACUCUGUUGCCGUUGCCCCCCAGACUGUGUUAUGUUCGCAAUGGCUACUGGGCCACCUCCACAAAAACCCCUUAUGUCAAGAUGAGAGUCUCAGCUUCUUCGUCGCCCUGCAAACGAGACGCCGAAGGCCAGCGAGGCAGCAGCUCUUCUUCAAAUUGGACUAACUGGCUCGUUAAAUCGUCGGUCUCAAGUUCUUGCGUCACACGGGGCUUUUUACCUCCUCGGGCUUCGAUGUUCAGAGAAGGGAAGCAAAGCGAAAGCAUCGGCAGAUACACCUCCAGGCCAGAAAUUAAGUGCCUGGGUUAACCACCGUCUCGCUUUCCCCCACCCCCCUUGAAAGGCCACGGCCAGUUGCGCCCUUCCCUUACUCGCUGUGGUUCAUUCUGAACGUUUUAAGCUCUGGGAGUUCUGUGUGUGAUUCAAGCUUGUUUCCCACUUCUUUAAAUGCGAGCUGAUUAAAAAAAUUAUGUCUCUUGUU